UUGAUAAAAAUGCAAGACGAGUACCCGUUGCAAGGGUAUGCACAACGAAGUGUUUUGACAACCUGGAAAAUAUCUCACGAGCAAAUAAAGAGCCAGAGCGAGGAGGCCAGUAAUCUCUUGCAACUCUGGAUCUUCGGUAUGAGCUUCUUGCUUGUACUAAGGGGAUCGACACAGAGACUGUUGUGCCAGACUGGCUAA